AUGCGGCCCCUCCCCACUACUCAGCAGCUCAUGGCGGCGCGCGAAACUGCCCGCAGCAGCGGCAACAUCGCCGUCUCUGACAGCGCUGGCAACGGCAGGGCAGAGGCGACCUGUGCCGCUCUCCUGCCGCUGCACAUCGCCUACUGCUGCCGAAUUCCCCUGUCCGCGUCCUUCAGCUCCGCCACGGUACCGGCUGAUGGAACGCACCGCAGCGGCUCGCGGGAGAAGGACGAGGACUUUGUGUACCUCCGCGGCAUUGUGGGCAACAGCGAUGGUCGUGUCAGCCUCUUCUCCGACACAUCCUACACGAUGAGCUUUGCGGCGCACGAAACCCCAGUCGCGCGGGUGGACGCGGUGCUGCUGCCACCCUGCGCACUGGAUGAGGGCGCCUCUAUGAAUCCUGGCCUCACAACCUCAACACAUCGCGCCAGCAGCACUGGCGCGGGCGCCAAUACAAAUGCGGCAUCUUCAGGUGAGCCGAUGUUCUCUACUUCACUGCAGCGGCAAGAGCGCUUGACGCGUGCCACACAGCGUCUUGGCCUUGUUACCAGCGGCAGCGACGGUGUCGUGUUCCUCUGGCGGCGCCUGGGGGACUCGAUGAGCCCGAUCGUCAUAGUGCGUCCCUCCCUCUUCUCGAGGCACGUUGCCUACGCCGUGCACCACCCAUCCGCCCUCUCGGUGCUGCUGUCGGCGCGGGCGUCACUUUCCCUGCCCGAGGCCGCGAUUGAUGCCGAGCUCUCUUGCCCGCCAUCGUGCCUGCUCCACGCAGCGGCCUCUGUCAGUCGUACGCUGCGUGUUCGCCAGCUCGCCUCACUCGCCCCAAAGGCCACGCGCACGACCCUGUCCUCCACCACACGUCGCGAGUCUGUUGAGGAAGUGGCCCCAACCUCAAUGAGUGUCACACUGCCGGGCUCGUGGUCGGCGACAGUGACAGCGAUCGCCACACAUCACAGCGUCACCCUCGUCGCCAUAGGAGCAUCCCUGUUCUCUCUUGUCCACAUGGACGAGCGCUCUUCUACGUGCGUGUGGAAGUCAGACGACAUCAUCACGCAGCUCAUCCUUCGUGACUCCGUGGCGCUGGCCGUGUGUGCUCGCAGCGGCACUGUGCACGUGCUCACCAUUCACCCCAGCACCGGGAAGGCCGUACACCACCGCGCCUACAACAGCUAUAAAAGUCGCAUCAUUCACCACACAAGCCUGCAUGCGGCGUCGCUCCUCAUGUCGAUUGUUGACGUGUGUGGAUCAGCGGAGAUCGUCCAGCUGCCAGCGGAUGUGCUGCUGCCAAGCGAAGUGCGACCGCUUGGGGACGACUGCACAGGCGACAACGCGGCACACGUGAAUCUGCUCGCCUCAAUGGCGGCUCUGCGGGCGAAGGUUUGCAUUGAGGAUAUCCAGAGCGGCAGUCACGGUGGUGCCAGCGAGAGUGGUGCAGCGAACAGGCUGGAGACGACCGGAAGCACCUCCUUCAUGCACGAGGCAAGCACCGCAUUCGAUCAGCUCAACGAACGGCUACUACUUGCUCGCUACGCGGUGCCGGAGGAGUGCGACCAAUUUAUGGCUGCAAACGCACACGUCUUUUGA